AAUCCAAUUGGCAUUGAGAAGUCUGAGAAGACCCUCUCUCUGUAUCAGCAGGAGAGAGAGAGAGGAGGAGGAGAGAGAGAGGAGCUCUAAAGUCUAAAAGACUGUAAACAGUAGUAUUUGAAUAUUACUACUCAUAGCGCAUACCAGACAAAUCGUAUUUGACUUGACUAACUUUGCAAACUAACACUUUACACUUUCGAAACCAAAACCACCACUCCCUUCUUUUUCUUUGUUUUUUGUUUUGUUUACUUCUCAAAGUUCUUCCAUUUUCUCUCCAAUGGCUCCUCGCUCCAUAGUAUCUUCCUUUCUCACCUUCCUGUUAUGUAUUUCUCCUGCCUUCUCCACGAACUCCGAAGGAAAUGCUUUGCAUGCUUUGAGAAGCAGACUCAAUGAUGCCACCAAUGUCCUGCAGAGCUGGGACCCAACUCUGGUCAAUCCCUGCACUUGGUUCCACGUAACCUGUGAUUCUAAUAACCAUGUGAUCCGUUUGGAUUUGGGUAACUCUAACAUUUCUGGGAGUUUGGGGCCUGAGCUUGGGGAGCUGAAGCACCUACAGUACUUGGAGCUUUAUAGAAAUGACUUAAGUGGUAAAAUCCCAAAGGAGUUGGGGAAAUUGAAAAGCCUUGUUAGCAUGGAUUUGUAUGACAACAGAUUUGAAGGAAAAAUCCCCAAAUCUUUCUCCAAAUUGAAGUCACUCAGAUUUCUGCGACUAAACAACAACAAACUAACAGGAUCUAUUCCAAGGGAGCUCGUCAGCCUUUCUAACCUGAAAGUUUUUGAUGUUUCCAACAAUGAUCUAUGCGGAACAAUUCCAGUUGAUGGCCCAUUCGGGACUUUCUCAAUGGAAAGUUUUGAAAACAACAGACUUAAUGGCCCAGAGCUGAAAGGACUGGUACCCUACGACUUUGGUUGCUGAAGAAGAAGGCUGGAAUUCGUUGAUCAUCCUUUUAAAGAUAGUAACCUUGUAUUAUAAAGGAGCAGGAUUGCAAUCACUAAUUAUAUUAUGCAUCUGGCAAUGGCACACUGUUAAUGUAUGGAUAUGAAAGUAAGCACUAUCAUAGCAAAAAUAAAAUUAUUCUGAGAUUGGAACCUUCAAUAUGAUCAGAGUAAUUGUUGUAUUAAGCCACAGUAUUGUGUACUGUGGACAGCUUAUUUAGAGGACGGGACAUCGGUUGUAAAGAUAAA